AUGGAGGCCACGAGGCGCAGCAGCCGAGGUCGCGAGUUAAAGCGCGUCGCUUUCGACGACGACGAGACGCUCAGCCCGCGCGCAGUUCCCGCUAGAUCCAAGCCGCGCCUAGCGGCCGCCGCGCGUGCGCACUCCGCCAGAAGUGCGCAUGUCGCCGUGAUGAGCGGCGCGACUGGCGGUGCCGCCUCGCCGCCAUUGUCCGGGAUGACGACGGCAAAAGCAGCGCCAAAUCCGCCUUUAGCGGGAAUGGCGGCGGGAAAAGCGGGGACGGGAGCAGAAGAUCCUGUAAACAGCGCCGCUGGCGCCGCAGCAGGCGGCGGGAUUAGCGGCGGAUUAGGGGGCGCCGCCGUUCGGUCAGGAAGGCGCCAGAAAACACGAGGAAGGUUCGUGGCAGCUGCUAUUACAGGAGGUCUGCCCGAGGGAGAAAUACCUAAUAGCCGGCUGCCUGAUAACGGGGUGGUUAAUAACGGGGUGGCUAGUGCUGCACACGCUCCUAUGAGCUCUCAUGCAGCGCCCCUGGAGGCGUGUGAGGGGCCUCAGCAACCCGACGACAGCAGGGGGGAGCACUCAAGGAUAGUUGAGGCGCCUCUACAGCCGGUUUUUGCGGGAACGCUUAUUUUAGAUGGUAGGGGGAUAGGAGGGAAGAAGAGGCGCGGAGCGGAGGCGUGGGAAGCGCGGGUGCAGGAGGGGGAUGAGGAGGUGGUGGUGGCGGGCGCGCUGGAAGAGCUGGAGAUGCGGAGCGAGAGAGACGGGGGAGGUCGACGCAUGGCACUGCCUGCGCUGCUCUGCUCCCACGGGCUCUUGCAUUUUGAGGCGUGUCAACACUCGUUGCACCGCUUCUCUUGCUCUCAUACGCCAUGCAGCCACUCUGGCAGCGCUGCAAGAGAGGCACAUGAGACUGUGGCAAAGACUGAUGGGGUAAGCUAUUUCCCUUCUCGCUUUCUCCUUUCCCCGCUUCCCCACCAUCAAAAGAACCCCCUCACACCUCCUCACUGUUAA